AUUUUGGUAACAAAAUGUUAAAAUCUAAAGUAUGAAUGGAUAUGUUUUCUUAUAUUUGACUGUCGACAAUCGGAGAGAUGUUGAAAUAAAAGUGACAGGAGACAACUCCGUCAACUGAGGAGUGCACGUCAAUCUUACCAGGAAGAGGAUGGACAGUCCUAAUCAAGAUGGAUGCAUCAAGCGAGGCUGGCUGAUGAAGAAGGGUGGUCUUAUGAAAACAACAUGGCAACAUCGCUACUUUGCACUGUCAGGAAAUUUCCUCAUCUAUUACAUCAAGGAAGAUGACAUCAAAUCUCAAGGUAGCAUUCUGCUUGAUCAGCAUCGAAUACUGGAGCAACCUAUCAGUCCAGACGAACCAGAUCACUUCAUCUUUGAAAUUGUUUCAGCGAAAGGUCACCGAAAUGCUGACAAAAAAAUUGAUAGCCAUGAGAUGAUCUGUUUGUGUGCACCAUCAGAUGCUGAAAGACAAGGCUGGAUAAAGGCACUGCGGCAUGCCAUGUAUGCUCAUCGAGGAGGCGCAAUAUUUGGCCAGAAGCUUGAAGAAACUAUGAAAUAUACACGCAAGCAAAAACGGAAAAUCCCCUUCAUUAUUGAGGAGUGUGUGGAAUUCCUUUACAAGAAUGGUUUAGAGUCUGAGGGAAUUUUCAGGCUGCCUGGGAGAGCUGUAGUGAUCCGUGAUUUGAAGGAAAAGUUUGAUUGUGGUGAGCUGGUUUCUCUGUCUAAGCUCGAGGCUGAUGUUCACAGUGUGUCUUCGUUACUCAAACUAUACCUUCGUGAGCUUCCCGAAUCUAUCAUCCCUUGUAAACACUAUCAAAAGUUUAUGAAUUUUGCUCUACGCUUUCUAGAUGUCAAAGAGGAUCCAUUAAAAAUGGAAGUGGUUGUCAGUUUAAAAUCGUUCAUGCCUCAACUACCUGUAGAUAAUUAUAACAUUUUGAAAUAUCUCUGUCGAAUGUUGAACUCCGUAGGUCAGAAGAGUUCUGUAAACAAGAUGUCGAUGUUGAAUAUCGCCACCGUAUUUGGACCGAACAUUAUUCGUCAUAUGGAUGACAAUCCCGAACUGUUCAUGAUGACCGCUGAGAUUGCCCAACAGUUGGCAUUCAUGCUGAUUAAUUACUUUGAUAUUGUAUUUGAGCUGGAGUAUGACUCGGGCCCCACAUCUCCAGAACCAGUCCCUGUCGAGGACUUGUUAAAACUCUCCCACAGUGAUCAGAAUCCUGUCCUCGGAGUGAACGUCCUCCCAUCAGCAGAGUCCGAGCUGGCAGGGCUGCAUAUUGAAACUGAUGAUGUCUUCCUGCUAGCUGCUCCUAAUGACAGUAAAACCUUUUUGCCUGGUGGUCAGUUUUCUCCAAUGAACUCCCUCAACGGUCAUGUUUCUGAUGCAGCAGCUAAGCAGGUUGUUCUUCGACAAGACUCAGACAGUAGCACUGCUAGUCAGAGCGAGCCGCUCAAACGAAACAGUCCCAGAUUCACGGAGGAUGGCCGACCCAUUCCACCAAAACGGAAGUCGAAGAUCAUUCGAGGUCGACCGGUUAGUGCUAACUGCCGACUGGGUAGCUGGAAAGGAAGCGACUCGAGCGUGACAACCACUCCCAACGUUAGUGUCGCAACGACACCAGAAUCGCCCGGACCUUCAUUUGAGAAUGAUGUAAGUAGUCUGCAAAAAGACAGAUUGCUGCUCACAAAAGAGACUCAAACUGAUGAUAGUGGAGGGUUCGAAGAGAAGAACAGUGUACAGUAUUUCACACAAGAUGACAUGCAGGCAAAGGAAAAAGAAAUUUCAACAUUAAAGGAGGAUAAGCAAGCAAAGGAACAAGAAAUUAAAGCUUUAAAGAAUGACAUGCAGGCAAAGGAACGAGAUAUUUCAACAUUAAAGGAAGUUGUUGCUGGGCAUAAAAACAAAUACGACUCGACCGUGAAGGCGUUAAGAGCAGAGAUCGACAAUAUGAAGGAAAAGUACGAAAAGCGCAUCGAGACCUUAGAAGCUGUGUUCAAAACACAAAAUUUAAAAUAUGAAGCAGAAAGUAAUGGCCGAGCGGAAGCUGUGGAGACUGUCGUAAAGCUGAGAAAUCAACUUCACCAGUACCAGAUGCAGUAUGGUGAAUUACCAUAGAUGUAGUACCAGGCCUAGUAUCUAAAACAAACCAUGUUUUGAUAAUGAAUGGGAAUAUAUCUUUUUUUAUGUUAAUUUUUAAGACUUGAAUCAUGAUGUGUGUCUUUUAGUUAGAGCACUGUUAUUUUGUUCUCAUAUUUUAAAAAUUAUUAUUAAAUGCUUACUUAUGAUAACAGUUUAAUUUUAAAACAGAUUUGACUGUGGUACUGUGCAAUAAUUUUAUUCUUUUAUUACACGAAAGACAAAUUAGAGCCAGACAUUUAAUUUUGUAAAUUUGUUACACGAGUACUUACAAACAUAUAAAACAUUUUAAGAUGAUACACCAGUUUGAAUAUGUAAUGCAGUCUUCGCUAGGAAAGGCGAGUUAUCACUCCUGCUUCCCUCCAUUCUCGUCUGGAAUGUUUUAGGCGAGUGGCAUAUUGAUCACCUUGCAGUAAAAUGUUAAAGGAAUUUUAUUUGAAACUUCAUGUGAUUGCUCGCCUGGUAUCAUUUAAUGAGAGUGAUCUUCAGCUCACCUUAACUUUGCUCAUUGUGAAGACUGAUUCUUUUGGUAAAUGAAUAGUGCUAGCAACUGGUGCAUAAAAUAAAUGUUUUUAAGUGUUUCGUUAAUCAUUUCAAAUUAAGCAUUGAUUAUUUCAGUUUGUGCUAAUUACUGACAAGUGAAAUAUUUUGUACCUCCGUGCCUUUGGAAUUUUUAAUUUACAAAAAAAAUAUUUUGUAUUCACUAGUUACAUUGUGCCAUAUUUGCAAGUGUUUUUACGAAUAAUCUAAGCAAACAUUUUCAUAUCAGUGACAUUCUUAAAAAUAUCAAAUUUAUAUAA